AUGGUGAGUAUAUGGCUAGGCCUGGGGUUUGCAGCUGGCAAAUCCCUCGCCGUUGCAGUUUGGUCUGCUAUCACCGCGCCCUUUCGCGGCGAAGCGGGAUGGGCUACAGCAUACAAGCAUAUCGCUCUGUCAUUUGCACGUUCUUUCUUUGGAACUGCUUCCAUAGAGCAGAUCCAAUAUAUCCUCCCACCUGAGUCAGCUCAAAAUGCCUAUGAAACCCUCAUGCAACGUCAAAACAUCACACCCAGUAUUGUCACGCUCUCCGAUGGCGCUGCGGCUUUUUGGAUCGGCAAUCCCAAGGGCGAGAAACUGAUAAUCUACUUCCCCGGCGGAGGAUACUGCAUCCCCGCAUUACCAGGGCAUUUCGAUCUCGUUGACGCACUUGCCAAAGAUCUUAAGAAACACGGCCAAGACACAGGGAUAUUAUUUCUGGCCUAUGAUCUAGCUCCGUAUGGCCGAUGGCCCCGGCAACUCGAGCAGGCUGUAUCUCUUCUUCGGUACGCGAUCGAAAUCCUGGGUAAACGCCCCUCGGAUAUUAUACUCCGAGGCGACUCGUCCGGUGCCCAUCUUGUACUUUCAGUGCUAUCGCAUCUCGCUCACCCCCAUCCGCACAGCAGUGUAUCAACUCUGGCACUGAAUGCAAAUCUCCGCGGUGCACUUCUGUUAUCGCCGUGGAUUGAUUUCCGAACUAAUCAUGAAAGUUUCCACAAGAAUGCGGACCGAGACGCUAUUUCGGCUAAGUCUCUGAGUUUAUGGGCCCAGGCGCUUUUUGGUGAUUCCCAGUGUGAUGAAUAUAGCCAUCCGGCUGAGGCAUCUGCGGGAUGGUGGAAACCCCUUCCCGUUGAAAAGAUCUUUAUCGGAGUUGGAGGAGAUGAGGUCCUUUUGGAUUCAAUAAUGACCCUGGCACACAGGAUCAAGUCCGAACAUCCCGACGUUUUGAUUAGUCGUAUCGCUCGCGAGAUUCAUGUCGAGCCUAUCACGGACUUUGGCUUGAAGCUUCCCCCUGGCUCUCAGUUUCAGGCUAUGGCGGCUUGGUUGAACCGAGUAUUCUGA